AUGCCGAAAUUAAAUAAGGAAGGGAAAAACAAGCCAGCAGCAAGUGCACCCAAGAGGGUAGGAGCAGCGCAGUCAGCAACAGCAAAAAAGAAGCGUGACGUGGGAAAUGUAGCUAAUCCUCAAAAUGGUAGCGAACAAAGGGUCACAUCGCAAGAUGAUCAGCAGGAGGUGAUCGUGGGGGGUUCUUCGCGGAACAUAUCCACUAUAGAUAGAGCGGUAUCUCAAGGGAUUUCAAGCGCCAGUAGUAUUCAAGCAGAUAUUGAUUUUACGGUGGCGCAAAUUCAGCGUCAAUCUGACUGGUUAGCUUCGGCGACCUCGGAAGUUAGGGAUGUGGAGGUGAUCAAAGCUCGUCUUGAUAUUCUUACCACAGCCUGGGGCAAAUUUGAGGAAAAAUGUCGGGAGUUGCAACAGAGGUCGCGAAGUGAGCUGCAACGGGCGGAUGAUAUGACACGGCAACAGCAGGUUGAGGACGUUUACGUAGGAGUUCGAGCGCAAUUCUGCAAUAGAAUCAAGUCAUUGCAACCAGCUGUAUCUACGGCGGCAUACCAGCAUACAAAUAGUCGCUCACUACAGUUGCAAUUUGCCGAACUGCCUUUAGCAGAUAGACUCCCGGUAUUUGGUGGAGCCCAUCGAGAGUGGAUUCAGUUUAGGGACAUUUUCACGGCGGAGGUUAUUCAAAAUCCGCACCUUACAAACUUGCAGCGCCUCCGGCGACUGCAAAGCUGCGUCAAAGAUAGUGCGGCCAGGGCCAUGGGCUAUUGGCCUCAGCGAGAGGAGAGCUUUUCCGAUGCCUGGAAGACAUUAUGCCUAGCGUUCGAUAAUGAAUAUUUGUGUCACGCUGCACACUGCUCGGCAAUUUAUGGGCUGCCCAUUUGGCCAAAGGCUACCCAUGCAUUAAUGCGCAAUAUGCUUGAUGUGACGCGCAAUAGCUUGCGUAUGAUUUCAAGGCAGUUGGGGGCUGAAGAGCAGCGUGACUUACUAAUAUUAAAUUUCCUUGAGUCCCGCUUAGAUAGCACAUCCCGCAGCCAGUGGGAAAUGGUUAGGCCAACCGAUCGUAUACCCAAUUUACAGACCGACUUUUAUGUAUGGCUUGAGCGUCGGAGCAGCGGGCUAUUGAGUCAGGCGACACUACCUUCAUCUAAUCACAGCGAGAGGCAAGUAAACAAGGCUUCAACGAAUCAGCGUGCAUUCCCAAGCGUGUCGUCACGAUCCAGCACCCACCCUUGCUUCCACUGCUCGGGCGAUCAUGCUUUUCAUCGGUGCCCAGGAAUUGGAAGUAUGCAUAGGGAGGAGAAAGUUAAACGAAUUUUUGAGCUAGGACUAUGUCAGAACUGCUUGAGAAGAGGUCAUACUGCCCGGAACUGUUUACAAAGCCGUUGUCCAAGAUGCGCACGGGCACCUCACAACAGCAUUAUAUGCCCCAAGCUAUCUGGAACUUCCAAGGAGGUGCCAUCACGCACAUCCGCGUUAGCAACAGCCGGAGAGGGGGAAACGGUAGCAGAGCAAUAG